AUGAAUAAUGUUGGACUUCUAGUUUCUGCUCUUUUCGAUCGUUUUAAAAAUUUAGAGUUUUUUAAUUCCUUUUAUAAGGCAAUUAAUGAAAUUUCAUAAUACCCAGAAUAAAAAGUACUCUUAAGUUAGAAGUUUAAAAUAAACUUCAAGAAAAUGAUUAUUAAGGUAUUAAUAAUUAAUACUUUAGAAUAACAAGAACUUCAACUGUUUAAUAUUCAAAAUAAUUGUUAGAGAGCAUUAUUUUAGUUAAGAAAUUUGCAUCACAAUAUUUAUUUUAAUUGUUUCAACUUGGAUGUGAAUUAGAUAUAAAUUUAGAAGAACAAGCAAUUAUAUUUUUGAAAUUCCUGAAAAACACAAGAGAAGAGAGUUUCAUUACAGAAAUAAUUGAAAUCCUUUAAAAUAUCAAACAAAAUAUAUUCAGAAACUCUUUAUGGUCUAUAGGCUUAGAAGAUCAAAUUGAAUAGUGUAAUUUAGAUAUGAAAAGAAUUUAGACUUUUAUACGAUAUAGCAUCUACUAACAGUAAAAAAAUAGAAACAACAUUAAAUUAUGAUGAUUCAGAUACUGAAUAAUCUGAAAUUGAUAUGCAUGAAGUUAUAGAAGGUUGGAUAUGUUAAGAUGAAUAAGGUUACUUCAAAUAAUAAUUAGUGUACUUUAGAAAUGAUGUAUAUUUUGAAUUCAUCAUGAAAUUAGUAUUCGACUUACUAAAUUCAUAACCUAUACCUUAAUGGGUAAUUUGAUUAUUUAAAUUAUAGUUUUCAAUACUGUAAAUUGAAAAUGAUGAAUUAAAUGAUUGUAGAAUGUGGAAAUCUGAAACAUAGAAAUUAGAUCCUGUUUAUAAUUAUAGGUCAAAAAAAGUAUUAAAGAUUAUUACUAAUGAUAAAAAUUUUGCUAUAAUUACAAAAUAAGUACCUUAAUUGUUAAUGAAAAUAUGUAAAAGUUAUUUCUAAUUAGUUUACAUGAUUUAUGAAUCGCUUAAAGAUUAUGAAAGAACAAUCAAUCUCUAACAUAUAGGAUAAUUGAUUGACUAUUUAUUUUUGUAAAGUCCUAAAUCUUGUCUCUAUUAUAUAGUUGAUUUAAACUUGGCAUUUUUAUGAUGAUAUUUAAGAAAACAUUUCAAGUUAAGAAUUUAAGUUUAAAGAUUUGGAUAAUAUAAAUGAAUUUGCUAAAUAAAGAAAUUAAAAUCAUUCUAAAUUUCAAUUUAAUUCUCAAGAUUAAAAAUUCAAAAGAUAAAAAACAAUAGUUGAAAUCAUCAUAAUUCAUUUAGUCCUUAAAAUAAAAUAUUAUGUGUUACAAAAUUAAGUGUUUUAGCUAUUGAUAAAUUCGAAACAAAAUAUACUCUUAAUAAGAACAGUAAAGCCUUACCUCAAUUAAAUUCAGCAUCAAAAUAGAAUAAAUGGAUUAACAUACUAUCUAUAUUUCCAAAAAAUAAAUCAUAUUUGA